AACACUGGUGGAAAUUGUCAAAUCUUUAUAUAACCUCAAAAGGGGUAACAAAUUGAAGAGAAAUUUAAAUUGUUGACUGAAUCGAAAAAAUUUUAACUGAAAACCAUGUCUGAAUUCGAGGAUCUAUCUGCAAACGAUAAAGAAUUGCAAGAAUUCCUAAUGAUUGAAAAACAGAAGGCACAGGUCCAUGCUCAGAUUCACGAGUUCAACGAGAUUUGCUGGGAAAAAUGCAUUGGCAAGCCAAGCAAUAAAUUGGAUUCUGCCACGGAGACGUGUCUAAGCAAUUGUGUUGAUCGCUUUAUUGACACAUCCCUCUUAAUAACACAACGUUUCGCCCAGGCUCUUCAAAAACAGAGCUCUGUCGAUAUGUAAACCGGGAAACGAAGAGCUGAAGCAAAUCCUGAAACUACAAAAUCGCCGCUUGACCUGCAUAUAUACAUAUAUAUAUAUAUAUAUGUAUGUCCUACUGUUAAGCAAACUACUUUUAAAAUUUACCAUGUAAGAAGACUAGUUUCAAACAAAUCACAGAUACACGGUGCUGAAUUUUCCUUAUGGCUCAGUCACUGUGCUGUGCGUUCGACUCGAACCAAAAAUUCAAAAAAGAAAACAAAGAAAAACCAACCAACACUGACCUUUAAUUAUUAGCUAACCCAAUUGAUAAUAAAAAUGUAUUGUACGUACUUACAUAUGUUAAAUAUGUAGGUGUCCAUGCCAAGCAGGAUAGUUGAUGUACGUACUUACAUAAGUUAGUUAUCCGAAA